CCUUCUUAUACCGGAAACGAUCCCAGGAUGUCAUGUGACGUUAGCUUCUGGUUUAGCAUGUAGAAAUCUGAGGUAAAAUUAUUAAAGAGUCGUAGAAAGGGAGAUAAAAACACAUAAUGGCAGAUGAUUUAAAGAGAUACCUGUACAAACAGCUGCAAAGUGUUGAAGGUCUUCACGCUGUUGUUGUCACAGACAGAGAUGGCGUUCCAGUUAUCAAAGUUGCCAAUGAUAACGCCCCAGUCCAUGCCCUGAGACCUGGCUUCUUAUCCACCUUUGCUCUUGCUACGGACCAGGGCAGCAAGCUCGGCCUCUCUAAAAACAAGAGCAUCAUCUGCUACUACAACUCCUACCAGAUUGUGCAGUUUAAUCGGCUCCCUCUGGUCAUCAGCUUCAUCGCCAGCAGCAACGCCAACACAGGUCUCAUCAUGAUUCUGGAGAAGGAGUUGGCUCCACUAAUAGAGAAUCUGAGGCAGGUGGUUGAGGUGACAUGAGUUCAGAUCGGCGGCACAUUGCACCAAAUUACUCCCAACUCAUCAUAUUCCUGUUUGCUGAGAUGUUCAUGUUAUGUUGGGGAGAUUUCUGUACUUUCUCAUUGUUUGUGGAUCGGUUUAAAUAAACGUGCUUUGUUA